CGAUUCAAAAAAUGUUGCUUAAACUGGUGUUAUUUUCUGUCCUCAUCACCGCCUUAAACGCUGAGGAGGAACGCCAAGCACGCAGUGUUCUAAAUCGCAAUCGAAAUAAUCUCCAUUAUCAUCAAUCUGUUCCACAAUGUAUAUGUACGCCAGGUCCGCGUGGAAGUCCUGGUGAGCCUGGCCGCACUGGUAUAAAGGGUCCACGUGGAGAUCCUGGCCUAAAGGGACCUAAAGGACCCCCAGGUCCAGUAGGUACACCAGGCAUACAAGGUUCACCUGGUCGUGAUGGCGCACCCGGUGCUCCAGGUUUACCUGGUCCUCGUGGACGACGUGGUUUUCCAGGUGGUAGAGGAAUACCCGGACCCAUGGGUCCACCUGGUCAACCAGGUCCACCUGGCCCUCAGGGUGAUCCUGGUGUGGCGUCACCUGCGACAACAAGUACCACCACCACAACAACUACAACCACAGAAGCAGCGACGGGACCAUAUAUAAAUUACCAACGUGCUCCUCUGAUAGAAUCCUAUAAAAUGCAGUCGCCCUUACCAGCUGAGAUUAGUUCACUUACGACAAUGAGACAUCUUACAUUGCUGCUAAUAGGCUUUCUGGGAUGCUGCUUUGCGUCUGAGGAGCUGCAACGUAAGCCACGCAAUGCACCCCAGAUAUACUACACUCAACAAGGACCUCCAGGACCGCCGGGACCACCAGGUCUUCCUGGGCCAAUGGGCAACAAAGGUCCCAGGGGACCCACGGGUGACAUUGGACCUCAAGGUACGCAGGGACCUCAAGGAUCACCCGGGCCGGAUGGACGAGAUGGACCGAAUGGUAUGCAAGGACCACAUGGCUUGAGAGGGCGACGUGGUUUCCCAGGGGCUCGAGGACCACCAGGGCAACCCGGUCCACCAGGUUUAAUGGGUCCACCUGGACCACCCGGCCCAGCAGGUGCAUCGGCACGUAGCAUGUUGUCUUACAUCGAGGCUGAAGAUGAAUAUGAUGAUGAAUUUUGAAAAAAAGGAUUUUAAGGAACUUUGAAUGAAUUAAUAAAUU